AUGUCGGACGACAGCGCCCCUUACGCCGCCACCCACCCACACCCGGACCACAUUGACAUUCCUCCCACGGCCACCGGCACCAUCAACGACUCCACCAUGGCUGCCGUCGCCGUUGGUGCAGACGACGAGCACACGACUCUCCAGCCCAGUGGCGAGCGUCCUGCCCCCGCACGCGGUAUCCUCAAGAACCCGAUCCGCGCCACCUCGGACGGACGGGCUGACCGCCUCACUUGGGACGAGGCCAACAUUGCCCUUACAGAGAUCCAGAAGGACUCGCUCAUGAAGAUUGACGAGCCCAAGACCCCGUAUGUGCGAUACGACGCUGUGAACGAUGUGGUUUUGGGUAUCGGAGAGGUGCCAGACCUCGACCUCGAGAACCAGGUGCCGUUCCCCCAGUCGCCCGCGGCGUCGUCGCACGCGGACAGCCCAACCCAGCUGCACCGCGAGCUCGUCGAGGCCAACACUCAGACCAACGCGCGCCGCGCGUCCAACGCCACGUCGUCUGGCUCGUCGCGCUCCGCCUCGUUCUCGCUACCCGACAAGCCGUUCCCUGUGCGUCCCGGCCAGCCCAGCUCGCCCUCGGCCAGCACGACUGCCAUCCCGCCCCUUCCCCUGGGUGCGACCUACGCCAACACGUCAGCCAACACUGCCCCCUCGGUGGACGGUUCGGACGUGUUUGCCGACAGCGACGAGGAAGGCAUGGACGAGGAGCAGAAGGCUCACAAGCGCGACUUUAACAAGAAGCGCGCAAUGCACUAUGGCCAGGAGGCGGCGCUCGCGCUCAAAAAGUCGCGCGAAAUGGACGACGACGACGACGAGUCGGAGGACGCGGACGAGGACACUGAGAUGACCGGCCCGCCCGUCCCUGCAAUCCCCAACGGCGUGAACGGCGUCUAG